AUGGAAUGGGAAGCGCCGAUUCCCGCGUGGAUUGAAUCUAUCAGCAUCGACAUGGAUGAGGAGAUGCCCGAUCUCUCAAGCAAACCCGUCGCUAAACCCAAGGCUAAGCCGGGCCGUCGGCCCCGCCACAAGGUCGACGUGGACCCUUCGGGCAGCAACCAGCGCCGCAAGAAUAAACAGCGCGGCUACGAGAAGGACUACCGCAUUCGCAUGAAGAAAAAACGUUUACAAGACGAAGCCGAGUGGAUCCGGCUGGAGACACAGACCCGCAAUAUGCUGACCAAACGCACGUCCGUUCGAUACCUGCAGCUACUCCAAGAAGAGCGAGCUCUCAGAGAGGCCGAGGUACUCGAUAGCUGCUUUUUGGCCGACAUCCAAGCUUUACUGUUGUGGGGCGGUACAACGGCGCCAAGUCGAGAGGUUCGUGAGCAGUUGAACAGCCUCCCGAGCUUAAGACGGUGCCACACGUUUGAGUUUUCGUGGUAG